AUGAUAUACAGAAUAUUUACCAUUCUUCAAUUAUUUCUUUUAACAAUCUAAGAAUGCUGUAUAAAAUAACUUAUAAUUAGAAAAAUUAAAGAGUGAAUACUCAAUUUAUGCAAGUGUUGAAGAAUUAUAUGAAUGGAACAUUAGAGAAGCAUUUUUUUCUGGAGAAGAUUUGGUAUUUUCUUUGGGAGAAAAACCAUCCAAAUAUUUUGAAAUCAAAUAGCCGUUGACUUAAUUGGGGCCAUCAAUAAUGCAUAAAUCAUGUUAUUAUAGAAUAUAAAAGAUUUAGUUGGUGACACAAUCAUAUCAUUAAAGCCAUAUGUCAAUCAAUUAACUGGAGCUUGGUUGAAUAGCUUUGUAUUUAUAGAAUAGGAUACUACAUCUGUUGAUAUCUUUUAUACAAUAGGGUAUAAUGAAUAUUUUAUAUCAGGUAACCAACUGAGAAUGACAAAGUUCCUUAAUUUGAUAAUUAUAUUUCUGUACAAAAACAAGAUGCAAAUUUUAGAUGUUCCGAUGUUGACUUUCUCUCUUAAACUAAAUUUAUAGUUGAUUGUAAAAGCUUAGAUAAAAAUUACUUCGUUGAAGUAGAUACAUCAGAAAAGGUAACAUAUAUUGAAAACAUUUAAAAAUUUGAUGCACCAUCAAUUCGAAAAUUAUUGGUGCAUACUUUUCAAUAUGUAACAGGCUCAUAAUAAUUUAUUAUAAGAGGUUAAUAUUAACAAGGUAAAGGAUCUCUUGUAGAGGUUUUUUAAGUCAAAGAUGGUAAUAUUACUGUAGAACCAUGGUUAACACUUGAUUCUGAAAGUUUGGCAAUAUUAUUAAAUUAAUAGGAAACUUUUAAUUUUGUACUUCUCGAUAUGUAAGUAGAACCUAACGGAGACAUAUUUAUUUUAGAUUCCUUUAAUGGGAUUUAUGUCCUUAAAAUCUUAUAAUCUUAAAAGUGGUUAGUUAAAGAAUGGUCUAGAUUAAAUUUUGGAUAGUAAGUUUAUGCCUUUGAUUUUAAUUAUUUAUUCACUUAAAAUGGUUAAAUUGCUCAGUUGGUAUUGGUCUAUGAAGAUAGAAUUUAAUAUUUUUAAAACAAUGAACCAAAAGGUAUAUUAAAAUUGCCAGGAGAUGUAAAAGAUGUUAGUAUUUAAAUAGAAAUAAGUUAAAAAUAUAUAGUAUUGAAAUAUCAAUAAAAAAUAUUUAUUUAUGAUUAGAAAUAGUUACUUUAUUCGUUUAUUGAAGAUGUGGUAGAUAUUAUUAUUAUUAAUCCUUAUGAACCUGAUCUUAUAGGAGUGAAUUUUGUAGCUACUCAUAGAUUUUUAAUUAAUGAUGGAAUUCUUAGAUUGUAUUAAUAAGAUUCCAAAACGGAUUAAUUAUAUUAAACCAAAAUAAUUGCUUAACCAAAAUCAGGUGAUUAAUGUAGUGUUGAUUUAAAAAUUUAAAUUGUAUAUAAAAAUGACACAUAACUUUAUGAAACUGGAUAUAAUGCACUUCCAGCAGCCCUUACUAUUCCUUCAGAUCCUUUUAAUGUUGAUCUAUUAGCAAUUGGGCCAGAUAUAUCAUAUUCUUAAGUGGAGGUUGGUGUAUCUGAGAAAAUUAUUAUUGAUAUUUAAGAGAUGUGGAAAUUAAAUAUUAAAAUACAAUAAGAGCGUAUAGUGUUCACUGAUAUUUAUGUGAUAGAUGUGGAAACAUUUUAUUUAUUAUAAUAAUAAGACUCAAAAGAAGCAUAUAUAUAUCAAUGUUAACAUAAUCAAUUAAAAAAUGUUGAAGCUGAAUGUAAUUUACUCAAAUAAGUUUAAUUCUAAAGCAUUCUUACUAAAAGUACAUUUCAUUGGUGGUUAGAGACAAAGAAAAUAUUCUUUGUUAUUUAGGAAUCAGAAAAAUAAAUUCAUUUAUAUGGUUUUGAUAAAGAUACUGCAUAAUUUGCAGAGUAUGAUAAACUAACUUUAGAUGAGAAAAUACUUUCAUUUAAUGUACUUUAUAAUAAAAUGUUUGUAGUAAUUCAAAAUAAGAUUUUAGUUUAUGAUUAAUUUAUCCCUUUUUAUUUAGCUUAUACUAUUUCUGAUAUUUUAUAACCUCUUAAUGUAUUUGGAAAUAGAUUAAUUGAUUUAAUAUUUAUCCAAACAUCCACAUAAGUAAUUAUUGGUAAUCUUGCUAUUUUAUCAAAUGGUGGUGCAUUUACUAAAAUUAAAAUAAUUGAUUUAAUAGCUGGUUCAUAGAUUAAAAUAGCAAUUGGUAAAAACUAUUUCUACUUAAUAUAAAAAUCAGAAACUUAAUCUUAAAUAGAUGAAUACAACUACAAACAUUUAUAAGUUAUUUACAAAACAAAAAGUCUACCAUUAUAUGAUUAUAAAAUAUAAGAUUCUAUUGUAGCUGAUUCUUGUGAAGAGUCAGGAUGGCUUUUUGUUAGGGGUUAAUACAAUAAUUAGACAGUGAUUUUAAUUUAUGAGCCUGGAGUGUUGUCUCAUUAAUCAUUAAAAAAAGUAAUUAAACUUGAAGGUAUAGUAAAUACAACAAUAGAAGUAGAUGGAGGAUUAUAAAUGUUUUUGCAUUUUUAAUAAAAAGUCUAUUCAGUUUUAUAAGAUUCUUUAUUAUCAGUAAAAAGUAAAAUGAAUUCGGAUAAUUAUUUGAAUAAAAUAGUUGUUGGUAUAAAAGCAUCUAAUAAUGAAUAUAGCAAGAAUAUCUAUAAAUAAAUAUCUGUUUUAGAUACUCAUAGUUAACCUAUAUUUGAAAAUACUUAAAAUUUAUCUUUUAAGGUAAAAAAAGAUAGUUAAUCUGCAUCUUUAAAUAUUGAUACUAAAUUAUAUACAGGUUAAAUUACUUAAAUAUCAAUUGAUUGUAAAUCUUGUUCAUAGGCAAAAUUAUAUCCAUAAAUAAUGAAUAUUAGUGAUGGUCAAAAUUUAUUCUAUAAUUUCAUUGAUGGAUUGAUAUAUGAUGCUCAUUAUGGUGUUUUCUUAACCUCUAAAUAAUUAGUGUUUACAUUGAGAAAUGGAUAAUUUAAUAAAGUAUUUAAUUUGGGUCUUUCCAUAUUAGAAUAAGCAGAAGGAUUAUAUAUUUCUGAAGAUAGAAAAUAUCUUGUUAUUUCAGUACUUGCUUAAGCACCAUCAAUCUUAAUUAUAGAUUGUAGUAAUAAUUUGGAAUGUAGUGUUUAUUCAAAAAUUAUUGUUCCUAAUACAAAUAGAAUCAGUGGUGUCUAAUUAUUCAAUAACAAUCAUUUGUUUAUUUUAAAUAGCAAUCCUUAAGAUUAUACUUAAUUUGAAUCAUAAAUUUAAGUUUAUUAUAUUAAUGCUGACAAAACUUUAACUUUAUCAAGAACUAUUAAUGCUUAAUUAUUAAAUUUAAAUUCAUUAAGAAUUGCAAGUUUCUAAGUUAUUAAACACAAUGCUUUUUAUACUGUAUUUUUUAUUGAUCAACAUUUUGGUUUAAGAAUUAAUCACUUUAAAUUGAUCGAUUUAAGUUAUAUACCAAAUAUAGAAUCUUUUGAAUUAAAAAACUAUUAAAAUGAUCAAUUUUAUGUUUAUGAAAAUACAGAAUUCUUAACAGUUAAAUUAAUUUCAUCUGAAAUUUAAGGAACACUUUAAAUAUUUAAUUUAUUGAUUCAAACUAAUAAUGUUGCAUAAUAUAUUUUUAGUAUUCCUUUUGAAAUAGGAAAUCUUCCAGAUUUAAUACUGGAUAAAAUUAAAUUAAAAUUUGUUUUGACUCCCUUUGGAUCAUGGACAUCUGUAAAUAAGGUUGCAACUUAUUUGAAUUAUAUCUUAGUUCCUUAUAGAUAAGGAUAAGAUGCAGUAUUAGUUAUGUAUUAAUUAUAAGAUAGUAAUACUACAAAAACUAUUACUAGUCAUUAUGCCUUAUAUGAAAACUAUAAAGGAACUUUAUCAAAUUAAAUUGCUUUAGUUGUUGAAGUAGAAGAUAAUACAACAUUUUUCUUUGCAAAUUUAAAAUAUGAUGAUUCAAGAGGAAUUCAUAAUUUAAUAAAGUAUCAAUAUUAAUCAAAUUCAAUUAUAAAUUUUACUACUCUUACAUCAGUUGAGGAAUAACCAAUUACAAUCACAGUAAGUAAUUAUUAUGGAAAAUCUUCAGGAAUUGUAAAUUUGGUUUAUUAUGAUGAUAAUGAUGAUGAUGAUAGUGAAUCAGAGUAAGAAUAUUGAUUAUAUAUUUUUAGUCAUUCUUGGGUUUGGAUUUUAGUUGGAGUUUUAGGUGGUAUUAUAAUACUAUUGGUAACAUUUUGUUUAAUUUUAUAUUUCUGGAAUCGUAGAAAUAAAAAAUCUAUGGUUUUAUUAGCAUGAUA